ACAUGGCACACUCUGCAAAGCUAUAUCAUCUUCUUUUACUUGUUUUCUUUUCCUCCUUACUUCCAUCCAUUCUAUUGGCAACAAGACGAGAAGGAGAAGCUCUUGUGAAAUGGAAGAAUAGCCUAGCCCCGUCUUCUUUUCUUGAUUCUUGGUCACUCUCCGAUCUCGAUAAUCUUUGCAACUGGACUGGCAUUACUUGUAACUCUGCAAGUUCAGUGUCUCAGAUAAAUCUUUCCCAAAAACAGCUCGAUGGAACGCUGUCCGAAUUUGGUUUCACUUCAUUUCCGAAUCUCGAAAAUUUGACUAUAAGAGACAACAGCUUCUCCGGGCUAAUACCACCAGGCAUUGCGAAUUUAACACAGCUUCAAUACCUUGAUUUAAGCUACAAUUAUUUCAGUGGUUCCAUUCCGUACGAGGUUAGCCAUCUUCAGAGAUUACGUGUUUUAGACUUGUCGUAUAAUGAAAUGCAGGCUCCAAAGUGGUCUGACUUCUCUCCCAUGCCUUUUAUGAGCAUCCUCAACCUACGGGCCAAUCAUCUUGUGUCGAAAUUCCCAGAAUUUAUAUCCAAUUCUUUUAGCCUGACUUUCCUUGACCUUGGAGACAACAAGUUCACCGCUGAUCAUCUUGUGCUCGAAUCAGAAUUUACCAAUUUGCAAAAUCUUGAAACGCUGUUUCUUGAUGGUAAUUCUUUUGAGGGGACGUUUCCACCGAAUAUAUUCAGGCUUUCUAAAUUAAAAUACCUUUCCCUAUCUGCUAAUAAGUUUUCAGGUUCUGUGCCGGAUGACAUAGGGAUGCUUCGUGAUCUUGAAUCCCUUUAUCUUGGUAACAAUUCUUUCAAAGGGAUGCUUCCACAAAAUAUUUUCAGACUUCCCAAAUUACGGGAUCUUUCCCUCUGGGGUAACAAUUUUUCAGGUCUUAUUUCAGAUGAUAUAAGGAUGCUUUCUAACCUGGAAUCUCUUGAUCUUAAUGGUAAUUCUUUUCAGGGUCCGCUUCCACCAAAUUUCUUCAAGCUUUCCAAAUUAAGACAUCUCGCCCUCUCAAAUAAUAAAAGAGUAUUUAAAGGAAGUAUUCCUCUUGGGUUGGGGCUUUUGACUAACCUUGACUACUUAUGUCUUAAUUCCAAUUAUCUCACCGGCUACAUUCCAUCUGACAUUGGAAAUCUAAAGCUACUAGAACAUCUUGAUCUCAGUUUUAAUCAAUUGACCGGACCGCUCCCAAAGAUCAUUUCUAACCUCACUAAUCUAACGCGUCUUGGUCUGAAUGAUAAUUGGUUUUCCGGCAGUAUUCCAAGUGACUUCUUGGAAAACUCUACAUUAUUAUUUUACAUUGAUCUUUCAAACAAUGAUCUGUCUGGAAGCAUUCCUAAGGAAUUCAACGUUCAUCCGACAUUGGAUUAUAUCAAUUUAAGUGGAAACCGUUUUAGAGGCAAGCUUCCAGCAACGAUUUGCAAUGCUACAUCCCUUUCGACUCUUGUUCUGUCAAAUAAUGAAUUCAGCAAUGCACUUCCACAUUGUUUGGGGAAUCUUGCUGAUCAACUUCUUUCCAUUAAUCUUGCUAAUAAUUUGUUUCGAGGACCAAUACCAACAACUUUCUCUAAGAGUUGCCGGCUGACAUAUCUAAACAUGUACAACAAUCACUUUGAAGGGUUGUUGCCGCAAUCUCUGGCAAACUGUAAGCACCUACAAAUUCUUGAUAUUGGAAACAAUGAAAUAGGUGGUAAAUUCCCGUCAUGGCUGUUUACUCUUGGAGAGCUGGAAGUCCUAGUCUUGCGAUCAAAUAGAUUCCACGGUCCAGUCAAUGGAACAAGCUCAGCAAAUUUAUUCCCCAAGUUGCGGAUUGUUGAUCUCUCCAACAAUCAAUUUACAGGCGAUUUACCAAUUCAGUAUUUUAAGAAUAUGAAACCAACAGAUAACCACUAUAGUUAUUUUUAUACAGAAAGUGGUUUUUACUAUCAUCAAGCAUCGAUCUCAUUAACUGUGAAAGGAAGAGAGUAUGAAGUGAAAAAGAUCCUUCAUAUUUAUACAGCCAUAGAUGUGUCAUGCAACAAAUUUCAGGGAGAAAUUCCCGAGGUUAUUGGAGAACUUAAAUGGCUUGCAUUGCUCAAUCUAUCACAUAAUAGUCUUAUUGGACCUAUCCCAUCACAGCUCGGAAAUAUGGAAUCACUUUUAUCUCUAGAUUUGUCUUCAAAUCAUUUGACAGGGGGUAUUCCCGAUCAGUUGAUUAGGUUGACAUUUCUAGAGGUCUUGAACCUCUCGGAAAAUCAUCUGACAGGGCCUAUCCCCCAAAAAGGACAGUUCAGCACAUUCAACAAGGAUUCUUACCUAGGUAACUUUGCCUUGUGUGGAUUACCUUUAACUAAUAACUGUACACACACUGUGUCACCACCACAAGAAGGCGGAACUGGUGACAAUGAUGCCUAUGAUGAACCCGAUUGGGAAGUGAUCCUCAUGGGAUAUGGAUGUGGACUAAUAUGCGGAUUAUUGUCCACUGGUUUUGAAGAUAAAAGUUGUAUGGACAAUUGUGUUGAUAAUUUGCGCAAUGAUAACUGGGAUAGGUCAUCUUCUCUCCCAAGUCUUGGAUGGACUCUUUCCAAGUCUUCUGAGAACCCAUCAGCUCAGAUUAGUCCAUACAAUGUCAAGGGUUCAGUCACUGAGAUUAACCUUUUCGGAAAAAAACUUGAUGGAAGGCUGUCCGAGUUUGGUUUCACUUCAUUUCCAAAUCUCAACAAUCUCACCCUUGCAGAUAACUUCUUCUUGGGUCCAAUACCACCAGCCAUUGAGAAUUUAACACAGCUUCAGUAUCUUGAUUUAAGCUUUAAUUAUCUCGAUGGUCCCAUUCCGUUCCAGGCACUUAAACAUGUUUCAAAGAAUUCUCAGGCACUUAAACAUUUGGACGGGUUCUUUGGAAGCCAAGAUGCCCAGGUUAUCAUGGCCAUGCACAAAAUGCAGUAUAAAAAAAAAAUGAAUACCUUAAGAGAGAUUGCUCUGGGUCUCCCCAAGCCUUCUAGACUCAUUCCAAGUCUUCUGAGGACCACUGCCUCGCGCUUUCAAAGAUGUGAUGGUAGCUCGGGAGUGAUAUAA